AUGUCUCUUCAAAGUGAUUGGUUCACGUUUGACAUCAUGUCGGAAGUCAUUUUCGGCAUGAAAUAUGAAGCCCUGACAAAGUCAACAUAUCGACAUGUAACCAAGGCAAUUCAAGACUCGAAUGUCCGAGUAAGCACUCUUGUACAGGCAUAUUCUCUCACCACUGGCAGACUGGACCGAUAUCUGUUUCCUGCGUCAAUUCUAGCUAGGAACGCCUUUCUCAAGUUCAUUACGUCUUUGCUGCGGGAUCGAUCCAAGAUGUCGCUGUCCCAAGACAAUGGCGACGUAUUCUCGUUCUUAGAGACGGCCAAAGAUCCAGACAAUGACAAGACGCUGACAAAGUCCGAGAUACGAGCGGAGUGCGCUACCCUCGUGGUCGCUGGGUCGGAUACAUCGUCUUCCACUCUUGCGGCAACGCUUUUCUAUCUGAGUGAGAAUUCAGAACCGUACGAGCGGGUGUGUCGAGAAAUUCGACAAAAAUUCGCAUCACUCGACGAAAUCAAAUUGGGUGCUCAGCUGAAUUCUUGCACCUAUCUUCGGACGUGCAUCGACGAAGCUCUUCGGAUGUCACCACCGGUCGGUGGUGCAUUGUGGAGAGAGGUCGGUCCCGGUGGUAUCACGAUUGGUUCCAUGCACCUACCGGAAGGCGUCGACGUUGGCACCGGUAUCUACAGUUUGCACCACAAUGCCAGCUAUUUUCACGAGCCUUUCCGUUUCAAUCCCGAAAGGUGGCUCGCUGGCGAAAAUGGGGUCACGAAAGAGCAAGUUGAGCUCGCUCGAAGUGCCUUCCACCCAUUCUCUAGUGGUCCAAGAGGCUGCAUCGGCAAAGGUUUUGCUUAUCAUGAGAUGACCUUAACGUUAUCACAUAUAAUUUACCAGUUUGAAUUUUCUCGUGCCGAGCAUCCCACUGGCGGCGCCGGCCAAAAGCCCAUGAUCCAGGGCCAUGUCCAGUUCCUCCUCAAGGACCAUAUCACAGGUGCGAAGGAAGGACCAGAGCUCCUAUUUAGGUCACGAUAGGCCAAAUCGUGUUUCUCU